AUGAAUGGUGCAAGUGCUACCACCGGUGCAUCCAGCGCAACAGAUGAGGAGGUACAGCGGAAGAAAUGGGUGGAACUACAACACUCCAUCGAUAAGAUUGUGAAAAACUUGACCAAUUCUAACAUCCAAACAUCUAUCUUUGAGUUAUUCACACUCAACAUUAAAAGAGGACGUGGACUACUAGUUCGGUCACUCAUGCAUCAUCAACUUCGAAAUCCUGGAAAAUCGUCACUAUACGCAUCCGUAAUAGAUGUGAUAAAUUCCAAAAUCGGUUCAAUUGGGAAACUAAUCUCGAGUCGAAUUGUCCUCCAAUUCAAAUUGGCAUACACAACUGAUGACUCUGCAUUGUGCAAAUCUUCAUUGCAAUUCUUGAGUUGUUUGACUAUGCAUCAAGUUGUGAAUGAGGUUACAUUACUUCAGAUUAUCCAGUUACUUUUGGAAUCCCCAGUGACGAAUGGUGAUGUUGUAUUAUGUACCGAGAUUUUCAAAGUUGUUGGUCGAUUCUUAAUUUUGAAAUCAAGAGUGCCAACAACGGUGAUUUUGAAUCGGGUUAAAGAUUUGGUACAGGAGGAUCAAGAUGGGUUGAGCUACAAAUCGCAGAACUCGUUGCGGAAUUUAUUGAAACUUGGUCAACUGCAAUUCAAGUCGAUCCCAUUGAUUGAUAAACAGUUGGAUCUAGUUGAUGACGAGGAUAAGCAAACUCACGUGUUGGAUUUGCAAGAAGUAAUAACCUCAAAGGAUUAUUUGAAUGUGUAUCACUAUGACAAAGAGUUUGACAGACAUGAAAAGGAAUACGAUGCAUUACGGAAAGAAAUACUACAAGAUGACGACGUAGAUGAAGAGGGAGGUGUCGACAACGCACCUGAGCCAGCGAAGGAAAAUGCUAUAUCCAGACCGGCUGAAAUUGUAUCAGACAUGACACAAUCCGAUCUUAUCCAAUAUCAAAAGCAAGUUUAUUUGACAGUCAUGUCAUCAAUGUCGUCUGAGGAAGCAGUACACAAACUUCUCAAGCUUAGUCGCCAACGGUCUCAGCCACAAUCAAGCACAAAAUCCACUUCACAAUAUCAAUUACAACAACAGCAACAAAGCUCACAAACUCUUUGCGACAUGAUCAUCAAAUGUUGUUCACAAGAGAAAACAUACUCAAAGUAUUUUGGCGUCAUUGGUGAAAUCCUUUGCGGGAAGAACCAUCAUUGGCAAAACAACUUCAUAACACUAUUCAAACACUAUUAUUCCACAAUUGAGAACUUUGAAGCCAAUGCAUUACGAAACAUUGGUAAAUUCUUUGGACACUUGUUUGCUGCUGACGUUGUACCUUUAGAUAAAGCAUGGGAUGACGUACGCAUUACUCAACAAGAUACUAACCCUGCAAGACGGAUCUUGCUCAAGUUUAUAUUUCAAGAGAUGGUUGAAGAGUUGGGUAUUGAUGAGAUUAAAGCGAGAUUGAUUAACGAUUCGUACGUGAAACGCGGGUUGAAUGGAGUGUUUCCUGUUGUUGAUGUUGAUGAGGAUGAUGCUGAACAUUUGCGAUUCUCAAUCAAUUUCUUCACUGCGAUUGGGUUGGGUGUGUUGACGGAAGAGAUGCGUCAUGUGUUGAAUAAUUUACCGCCGCUGGCGAGAGGCAGAGGAAGGAACCGUAUCCGGGGUCUGAGCAGUCGUGGAUCAAGUUAUAGCUAUUCGCGAAGCGGCGGCAGCAGCAGCAGCAGCGGCAGCGGUAGCAACAGCCACAGUCGCAGCGGAAGCUAUUCGAGAAGCCGCAGUCAAAGUUUUUCGAGAAGUCGGUCGAAUAGUUACUCACGUAGCAGAUCAAGAACACCAUCCAGAGAAUCAUUUCGCCGAUCAACAAGCGCUGACGAGAGUAAGGGCAGUGGUAAGGACGUGGUUGAUAACGUGAGAGGUGGAAAUGGCCAAGAAAGAGGGACAAAGCGAAGACGAUCCUCAAGCAGCAGUGGCAGCAGCAGCAGCGGCUCAGACAAUGAGCUACAAAAACCAAAAUUGAGCGAUAUACUAAAGAAGAUGCACUAA